AUGUCAGUUCCUAGAGAGCCUACAAAUACAGCUACAAAGCUUAUGUAACUUUUAUUAAGGAUCUUCCAAAACUACUACAGCAUGGAAAAAAAUAUCCGCAAUAUCAAACCCCGGAUUGAAGCACAUAACGAUCUUCAAUAUUCUCACAUAACAGAUGGCCAAACUUCUAAAAAGUCACAAAACCGUAAAAAUCGCAUACGAGAAAUCGAAUACGAAAACAGCAAUUUACUAGACAAGCUACAAACAAUUUUCCAUCACCAAAACUUCGAUAACAAGCCAGUUCAUUUAAAAUCAUUGAACUACAAUCGGAGAAAAAGAGAAGUUAGUAGGAUUAAUAGUGAAAACAAAGCUUUUUAUAAAGUCUUGAGAGAUGUAAAAUCUGCUUAUAAAAGAGAAGAUUAUGCAAAGUGGAAUGAUAACAACAAUAGAUAUAAAAGAAAUAUAUCAACCUCAUCUAGAAGAAAAGAUCCUAUGAGACCUAUCAUAACUCCUGCUAUUGCAACAGCUUAUCCGCAGCUCGUAAGUAAAAAAGAGGCAAGAAAGCAUUGAAAGCCGAGAUCAGGAAGCGCAUUUGAUAGGAAUCUAAGAAGUUUUGAAUCUGGAGAGCUAGCAAGAAGUCUAUUAAAUUAUACUCCUGUAGGUAGCGAAAACUAA